UUUCAGACAUAAUUGAAGAGUAUGAGGGCAGUACAGAGGAGGAACAUCAUGUCAAAAUUGAGGAAAAAACUCAUUUACAGACUGAUGGUAUUUUAAAAAGGAUAUAUGAGAAUCGUUUCACCUGCACUCAGUGUGGAAAGAGUUUGGCAAGCAAAUGCAAACUUAAGAUUCACAUGAUGAACCACACUGGAGAGAAACCAUUCAUAUGCACUCAGUGUGGGAAGAGUUUCAGCCAAUCAUCAUCCCUUAAUCAACACAUGAGGAUCCACACUGGAGAGAAACCAUUUUCUUGCACUCAGUGUGGGAAGACUUUUAACUGCUCAUCACACCUUAAUCAACACAAGAGGAUCCAUACUGGAGAGAAACCAUUCACAUGCACUCAAUGUGGGAAGAGUUUCAGCCAAUCAUCAUCCCGUAAUCAACACAUGAGGGUCCACACUGGAGAGAAACCAUUCACAUGCACUCAGUGUGGGAAGAGUUUCAGCUGCUCAUCAUACCUUAAUCACCACAUGAGGAUCCACACUGGAGAGAAACCAUUCACAUGCACUCUGUGUGGGAAGUGUUUCAGCCAAUCAUCAUCUCUUAAUCAACACAUGAGGGUCCACACUGGAGAGAAACCAUUCACAUGCACUCAGUGUGGGAAGAGUUUCAGCUGCUUAUCACACCUAAAUAAACACACUAGGAUCCACACUGGAGAGAAACCAUUCACAUGCACUCAGUGUGGGAAGAGUUUUAGCCAAUCAUCAUCCCUUAAUCAACACUUAAGGGUUCACACUGGAGAGAAACCAUUCACAUGCACUCAUUGUUGGAAGAGUUUCAGCCAAUCAUCAUCCCUUAAUCAACACAUAAGGAUCCACACUGGAGAGAAACCAUUUACAUGCACUCAGUGUGGGAAGAGUUUCAACCGCUCAGCAAACCUUAACAAAGACAUGAAGAUCCAACCUUGUGUAAAAGAGUAUAUGUGCUUUGAGUGUGAGAAGACUUUUAUUACAGCUCCAAAAUUUAAACUGCACCAGACGAUUCACACUGGAGAGACAGUACAAGUGCACUGUAAAUAUAAAAUGUUGAGAAAACAUAAAAAAUAAGGCAACUUGAU